AUGGUGUACCUUAACUACUUCAAAUUUAUUUCUGUUAUUGGAAUCUUGCUAGGAUACUUUGCACAGUUCAUUGCUGGUCAAAAUUGUGGCUGUUCGGGGAACUUAUGUUGCAGCCAAUACGGCUACUGCGGUACAGGAGAUGCCUACUGUGGUAAAGGCUGUCAAUCCGGUCCUUGUAGCACUAGCAGUAGUGUCUCCCUUGAGAGUAUUGCAACACCAGAAUUCUUUAGUGGGAUAGUUGGUCAAGCUGAUUCUGGAUGUGCUGGAAAGAACUUCUACUCGUAUGAUGCUUUUCUUGAAGCUGCUAAAUCAUACCCUAGUUUUGGUAGAACCGGGAGUAUGGAUGAUUCUAAACGUGAAAUUGCUGCAUUCUUUGCUCAUGUUACACACCUUACUGGGCAUUUCUGUUACAAAGAAGAGAUAAAUGGAUCAAGCAAGGACUAUUGCGACAAGGGAAACAAACAAUUUCCAUGCGCUUAUGGAAAGGGAUAUUACGGUCGAGGGCCAAUACAACUAACUUGGAAUUACAACUACGGUCCAGCCGGUAAAAGCAUUGGAUUUGAUGGUAUAAAUGAUCCAGAUACAGUUACUAAUGAUGCUGUAAUCUCAUUUAAGACAGCAUUUUGGUUUUGGAUGAAUAAUAUUCAUUCGAUUAUCACUUCUAACCAAGGGUUUGGUCCAUCGGUCCGUGCAAUCAAUGGUAUGGAGUGCAACGGUGGAAACUCGGAAGCGGUGCAAGCUAGGGUCCGUUACUACAAUACUUAUUGUACUCAACUUAGUGUGGAACCAGGGAACAACCUUUCUUGUUAG